AUUUAGGCGCGCAAAAAACGAAGGCGGGAGCCUCCCCUCACCUGUUCCCUCCCAUUUAAACCCCCAAAAGCAGAGAGAGCGGAGAAGAAAGAGAGAGAGAGGGAAAUCAGAGGAGCCGUAGAGACGUGAGGCCGUGAGAAAGAGAGGAGAGAGAAGAGGAGGAAGAAGAAAUGGAGGUGGAUGAGCUGCCAAGGUCAAUAGUGAAGAGGAUGGUGAAAGAGAAGCUGAGCUAUCUAUCAAAAGUGGAUGAUGAGCCGUCAAAGGACGUCAACAUCAGCAAUGAAGCUCUCUCUGCUUUCUCAGAAAGUGCUCGCAUCUUCAUCCAUUACCUCUCUGCGACGGCAAAUGACAUAUGUCAGGAAUCAAAGCGACAGACAAUUAAUGCCGAGGAUGUUUUCAAAGCACUAGAGGAAAUUGAUUUCCCUGAGUUCACAGAGCCCCUAAGAGUUUCUCUGGAAGACUUCAGGAAGAAGAAGGCAUUCAAAAAGUCCAAAGAAACGAACAAGAAAAGGAAGAGUGAAGAAGAGCCUGAGUCUAACGUGAUUGGAAGCGAAGGAAAAGGUGAAGAAACAGAAGAGGGUGGGCACACAGAGAAAGAAGAUAUGGAUGAGCAGGAAGAAGAUUGUGGGGACGAAGGGAAAGAAGACGAGGAAGAAUAGAUUGAGGAUGAAGAACAUGUGGGUGGUUCUGGGGCAUACAAUCAAAGAGUUCCUUCUAGUUUAUUUUCUCUCUUCAUCCAAAAUUGCCUGGUGUACUUUGGGUUUUGGAGAUGGAGUCUAGCUCCUCAGAAAAAGAGAGACAAGACACUAGUUUGUAAUUUGAUUUUGUGUGGAGGAUCAAGACUGCUCGACUUAAUCCCUACUUUUGAUUUUGGUUACAUUUUGGGGUCUUCGGAUUCAAGCGAUUUGGGACCAAUGCCACUGGAAUUUUGUGGUUAUGCAUGGAUUGUUCAAACAGUCAUCGGUGCGUUAUUUCAACAAUCAUGGCAAAAAACAGCAUUUUGAAGAAUGCGAUCUUCGAGUAUAAGCAGCUCUAAUCUGAACCUAGACUCAUUAUAGUAGGUAGGUAUAGAUUUUUGGGGUAGUUUUGGAAUGAGCAUGUCUUUGUAAUUUCUUCAGAAGGCAGUUUUUUGAAAUUUUAAAGGUAUUGGGUCCA